GGCUCGAAGCUUUCCUUCUGGCGCGCCUCAUCCGCUCAGGCCUUGCCCGCAUCGCUGGAGCAAUCACGCUCCGCGCUCCGACAAUCAUGCCGCAGUGCUACGGCGGUCCGGCCCACGCCGCCUCGUGCCGCCCGCGUGCGGGCCGCGGCGCCGCCCUGCACAUCCGCGACGUGCCCAAGCGCGCCGAGGCCUGCGCGCGCGUCGUGGUCGACCACGUGCUCCAGAACCGCACCGAGGCGGCAGCCAGCCACCUGGACGCCGAGGUUGCCAAGCUGGCGCGGACUUCCUACAAGGCCUUCUACCACUCGCUGAUCCACGCGUGCGGCCUCCUCGGGAGCUCUCGGACGGCCGUGUGGUGCUCCGUGCAGAUGGUCCGCAUGGGGAUGAAGCCGAAUAUCGUGACCUUCAAUUCGCUCAUCGACGCCUGCGCCAAGACGCGCAACCUUCCCCUGGCCAUCGAGGUGUGGGGCAUCAUGUCGGACGAGCAGGUGGCCCCGAACCACAUCACGUACAACACCAUGAUCAACGCCUGCUCCCAGGCCUGUGACGCCCAGAAGGCGGUGGAGUGGCUGCAGAGGAUGCAGGACGACAACUUCUCCCCCGACACCGUGACGUACGGGGCGAUCUUCUCCGUGUGCGCGAAGACUGCUGACGUCGACGCUGCGGAGGUGUGGUUCCAGCGCAUGGACCAGAGCGGCGCGAAGGCGGACCGCGUCAUCUUCAAUCCGGGGCGCGGUGGCGGAUUCCGUGAUCGCCGCGUGCGCCAAGGCCGGGCGGCCGGCCGAGGCCGAGAAGUGGGUCAAGAUGAUGGAGGAGAG